AUGUGUAUGAUGAGUGAUGCGCAUGAUGGAAUUGUGUCGUUCAUACCUUUAGCGGAUAACUUGAAGCACUUGGAUUUGGGAUACAUUAUGUUCGUUUCUGACAAAACCCUUGAAGCAAUUGGGUCCUCAAGUUGUCCGAUUACCGUUUUGAACUUGGAAAGCUGUCAUAUUACGGAUUGUGGAUUGAGAUUUUUGACAAAUGGGUCUUGCUCAAAAACCAUAAAGGAAUUGGUCCUUAAGGGGUGUCAUAGAAUCACUGAUUCUGGGGUCUCGCUCUUGCAGAAGAUGUGUGCCUUGGAGGAGCUAAAUUUGGCUGAUUGUCGCGAAGUCACUGACGUUGGAGGUGUGGCAAUCUCCGCAAUUCGAACCCUCAAGAAACUGGACUUUGCUAGGGGACCCAAAGUGACAGCUUGGGGACCCGCUUGGGGACCCAGAGUGACAGACCGCACCAUUCUUGCUCUCGCCGAGAAUUGCCUCAACUUGGAAAUACUUGAUUUGAGUGGUAAUAAAUUCGUGACCGGAGUUGGUAUUCGUGCAUUUUUGGGUCACAAGUGCUUACAAUCCCUUGAUCUACGCUAUAUUCGGGUUUAUGUUAGCGGAUCUGAUUUGGAAGACCUAGCGCUUGCAUGCCCGUCAUUGAAGUCUAUACUAGUAGAGGGUGGAUGGAGAAAAAGAUUGUUGGGUGAAAUGCAAGAGAGCGCUGUUAGCAGAUUCGUGAGGUUCAAUUAG